AGAGCCUGUCUGAGCAAGACAGAGGACACGUCAAGUUCUUCAGGCUGAUGGUCAGUGUCCGUCAGCUUCUCCAGCACAGCCGUGUAUUUCCAUGCCAAACUCUGUGACGCACUCAGCUCCUUCUCCUGAUGACUGGAAGACUUUCAUUUAGAACGUCCAGCACUGCAGAGUGAAUGUAGAAGGACAUAUUAUAAUUAUCAAAGGCAGUAUUGGUGAUUACAACCGUCUGAUGAUGAAGUUGAAGACACGUGUAACUCUGUAUUAUUCCUCCAAACAGAAACAUGUCCUUUGGCCCACUGUCACGUGAACACUGUCACCGUGGCAACCAGCUCUCAACAACCUGCGGAGACUAGCUAGCUGUGCCGUUGAUACAAGCUGUAGUUAAGAUAAGUUACAGUUACUUUUAGAAAUGUCGCGGGCUCACGCGGAAAACGUGAUUAAAAACAUCAUCCGUGAGAUAGUGCAGGAGUGUGCGGUGAGGGGACAUGUCGUGUCGGACACUUUGGUUGCUUUCAUGGUGAAAGCUGUUGUUCUGGACCCAAGAAAUGGAUUCAAUGUUGAUCGCACACUGACCAAGCAAGAUGUCCAGAAACUUGAGGAGUUGUGUCUGGAUAAACUGAUGGAAAAGUGCAGCCCCUCCCUUGACACGAUCAAAAUGCAAGUGUAUUUUGAUGUAAAUUACGCUUCCCGACGCGAGUUUCUCGAGGAACUCCAGCGGGUGGUGGACUCCAGGCUAAGCCAAGUUAGCAGAGAUAUCACUGACAGCAGGGUGAAAACACGAGAGGAACUAGAUGCUCUGUACCGUAAAAUCAUCACAUACAUCGUGCUGCGCUCCUGCAUGGGUUCACCUACAGAUGACAAAACUCUGCAAGAGGCUACAGCUGCUCUGCAAAGUGUCUUUCCUCCGACUGAACUGGGAACCUUCAUGGUGCUUUCAAAGAAGGAGAAGGAGAAGCAGCUUAAUGAACUUACCAUGAUUGUAACAGGGAUCCGAAUCUUCAACAAAGCCAGCAGGAAGAGGGGGGAGGAAACUGACCUUCGUGAACUAAUGCCGGACGUUCUAAAUGAAAGUCUUCCAGUCAUCAGUAACAGUAUGGAGAAGGAGCUGAGUGCGUCACAGAGUUUGGCAUGGAAAUACACGGCUGUGCUGGAGAAGCUGACGGACUCUGACCAUCAGCCUGAAGAAAUUGACGUGUCCUCUGUCUUGCUCAGACAGGCUCUCUACAACAUCAGGCAGCACGAAGUAUUCCUCAAAAUGUUACAGGCUGAUGCAUGUCUGUGUGCCAAGCGUGUUGAAUUCCUGCAGACGGAGCUCACAUCACAGAUGAAGCUGCUGAAAGAAACCGUGCAGUCAAAGACAGCUGUACCCACUGCAAAUGUUUUUCCAUUGUUCAAAGCCCUGUCAGACGUGUGGUCUGGACUUCGGGAUGAGGCUGAGCUUCUGAGCAUCCUCAAUAACAUCAAGCUCAGUCUGCAGCCCCUCAUCACCUCUCAGGCCAAACAUUUUUCUGAAGCUUAUCUGGAUGACCUGCUGGAGGCGUCAGAGGUGAAGACAGAUGAACAGAGACUGACUGAGUCCUCAGAUGAGCGCAUUAUUCAAGCUGAGAUGAAGACACAGGAGUGGCUCCUGCCUGAAGCAACAUCUAGUUUUAAUGAUCUGUUGUUACAGUAUAAUGGAGUCUGUGGCUACACACUUGUGAACCGUGACGGGCUUCUUCUUCCAGGUAAUCCACACAUUGGAGUCAUGAUUCAUAAAGAGAAGCUUUAUGCUUUUAGCUCCAAAGAAGCAGCCUUGAAAUUUGCCUCUCGUCCAGACGACUUCAUUGCUGAGGUCGCAGAAAAAGCCAAGCUCUCUCCUGAGCUCUUUCAGCUUCUCAAACUCCACCAACAGCUCUCCUGUGUCAGUCCAUACUCUGAGAUGCAGCCAGGAGAGAGUUUGCUGGUGAAGGCCAUCACUAAGUGUGAGAGCAGCACGCAGACUGACCUACACCCAGUGGAGAUAAACAUAGUCAAGUCAUAUGAGUGGAAUGAGUGGGAACUGCGGAGAAAAGCUAUCAGACAGGCUAAUCUUCGUACCAAAGUGACGCACUCAGCACAGACUGAUCUGAGCCACAUGAGGCGGGAGAACGUCACUCAGACCUGGCUGCCCAAGGACGCCGCCUGUCAAAGCAAGAGAGACGGUGAGAGCAAUGUGCCCAGGCCUCAGGUCUACCUGGCAGGUCUGAGGGGACAAAGAGACGGACACAUGGUCAAAACUAACCUGACCAGAUCUGUGGAUGAAUAAUCAAGUGUCAUUCUUGACUCCACCCUCUCCUUCCAAUCCCACAUCAAAUCCAUCACGAAAUCCGGCUUCUUUCACCUCAAAAACCUCUCCAGACACCGGCCUUCACUCACCUACUCCUUGGCAGAAACCCUCAGCAUGCCUCCGUCACCUCAAUGGAGUCCUGUCCAGUGUACCAGACAAUGUUCUGAAAAGACUUGAGCGCUAGGCCUGUUAGCACAUCAUCCCGACCCCUCCACUGGCCGGGAGGCAGUGGAGGUGCCCGGCCGGUUUGCUGCAGCUCCUCUCCUGAUCGUCAGUCGCUCCGUCGCCCAUGGCCCGCUCGCUGUAGGCUGGCAUCACCCUCCACAAGAAGGUCUAUAGUGCGAUCUUUAUUGUAGUUAAUUAUUGUGAAUUCAAAUGUAAUUAGAAAUGGUCAGACAGUAGAGGUUUUCUGGAAAAUAUGAAAUAUUACAUUUCUAAGUCAUAUGUCAGAACAAGAUCAAGAUUGCGAUUAAAACAGUGAGUUAGUGUGGUUAUUAACAUGUUGAAUAAAACCACUGGAUUCUAUCAGUGAAUUAAAUGCAGAACUAAGGCUUUCAUUAGCAAUAUUGUGAUUUGCAACUAGGAUGUACGAGGGUUAGGAUGAGACUUUCCAAUGUACCUGUAGGUUGAGUGUUGAAUGAUAAGUCUGAUUUAAAGAUGGCUGUGACCCCUCCACCUCUGCCUGUGCUCGAGGACUGUGAGUUUAAUUUGGGUGGGGGGCUUUGCUUUAUUUAAACCCACAUAUUCAGCCAGGUUUCAGUCAAACAGAAUCAAUCAAAUUGGUGAUCCAUUAUCAGAUCAUCACAUGUAGACCUUUUGAGCUGAAUGACCUUCUAUUAAAUCUGCAACAUUUUAUCGUUAUAUUUUUGGUUCUAUAGUAUUUUUUUUCAUUUUCAUUAGCUUUGUAUGUAUUAGUUGUCUCCUGCUUACUUUUGAGUAUAUUGUGUAUCUGCAGCAAUCCUGAAGAGUGGCGGUAAUGAUUCAGUGCUCUAUGUUGUUCCUCCAUGGUGUAAUGGUCAGCACUCUGGACUAUGAAUUCAGUGAUCUGAGUACAGAUCUCAGUGGAACCUGAGAUUCACUUUAUGUAAACCCUUCUCAUCAGGGUGUCUCUCAUAUCUACAAUGUGGAAGGGGGUCUGUUGUAUUCAUAUGAACACAGAAAUGUGUAACAUUAACGUGAGAGAUAAUCUAACGUUAAAAGUUCUCUUUGGUUAUCACAUGUCUAUGUUUCCAGACCAUAGACCGGGGUCACCAAAAUAUUGUGACAUCUUCGUCUAUGGGAGAUAUUCGUGUUGAAUCCUCCCAAUAAGAUAGAUAAUUUAAAGGCGUUGACAUGCACAGCCGGUUAGUACGUACAGGCGACCUAGGCAAUUGCCUCCAACUUUGACAAGGGUGGCAAAAUGUGUGUUGCUGAGGAAUGUGUCAAUCACGCUGCAGCGACAGCCACCUCUUUCAGCUUCUCCCUUUAUUCUUUACCUUUAUUUAACAUUAUUUCAGACUCAUAGGUAGUUCCUCACACAGUAUUGCUUGUAACUUAUUACUUGCUGAUGCCGUUUUGACUCUUACUGCUGAAUUAUUGAAAAGGAUUAUCAUAUCUUAUCUUCGAACUGUUAAUUAUACAUUAAGUGAUAUUGAUACACAUACAGUCAGG